AUGGGAAUGAGCAUGCCGUCGCGUGCUGAGAUUGCCAAGUCCAGCGCUUCCAGCGACCCUGCAAUGCACAGUCCUAGUAAUACCACAAUGCUCGAAGUAGCCGCCCUCUCAAUAGGAAUCCCAAACAGUACUACACUGACUGCUACCUCUCCUUGCCCGAUGGAUCUUCCUGUCAUGGACGACAAUUUUCUUGGAUUAGAUCCCUUCUUCAUGGCAUUUGACGAGCACUCUGUUCAGCUUUUGCCUCAGGUUAGAGAAAACAUAUACGAUGACAUUGUUGCGGCCUGUGGUUACCCAGUCGGCGAUUAUAAUACGCCAUCAUGGAUGGGCACCACUGAUUCACCAGACUUGAUGUUGAACAAUCUUGCUAUCCCGCUUUGGGGAGAUCGCUUGAACAACAACGACCAGAGCCGAACGAGCACCUCUGCCCAGGUCGUUGGGGCGCAACACCAAAGACGAGUCGCAACUGCCUAUGAUAUGCUGCGGCAAUAUUCUACGGCGGAUCAACCUUCUCGGCCAUCAUCUCCUAAGUCUGUUCAGGCUCACAAUAAGUAUCUACAAGAACUAGGCCGUCCAGCAGCUGUCGCCUGUGACCCAAUCAUCACUAACAUAUUCAUUGGUCUAUUCUGUGUUUAUGUUGCUCCUGCUCUCCCAUGCUUCAGAGGUCAGGUUGUAGACUCCUCCAUACCUGAAGAACUUUCACUAGCCAUGGCUGCUGUUGGUGGGCUAUUUUGUAAGGUUGCGAAGUCAGCAAGCAUUGCCAGAUGGUUGUUCCACACUGCACAACGGAAGCUAAAUACCUUGUACAUAUUGAUGGACGUUUUCGCAUACAUCUACGGGGACAAGCGUGUCCUCCUUCUGUACGAGGUCUACCACGGCCAGGUUAUUCAGGAAUUCUGUGCAUUCAAUGGUGAAGGUGACGACGGGAAUCAAGACAGCAUUCGAGGUGCGCCCCAGAAGAAAUUACUUGCCGAUACCAUGUACCUAUUGGAGUGUUAUCGAGUAGUAAUCCUGCAACUGCCAUCAAGGCUUUAUCCGACGACAAUGUUUGGGGGUGUCGGUACCGAUCAACAGCACACAGAAGAUCUAAGACAGAGCCUAAUACGUGCCAUGACCACGUACGACCUCCCCCAGGCGCGCAUUGAGACAUCAGAAGACAGCAUACAAUCGCUUUGCUCCCUUGCACUACUGGCUUCGCAUGGCCGACAACUCCCUGGCUCCUUGAUGGCACUGUUGAAAUCUCCCACCAGUGAACCAGGCCAUCUUUACUCUAACCGCAUGGGCCUGCAGCAAGAGUAUAUCGAGCUCGCGCUACAAAAGUGGCGCAUGCUGCACACGACUCCACCGACUGCAAGUGCUGAGCUACUCUUUCAUCUCAUCCAUCUGAAUCUAUAUUGUAGCUAUGCCGAGAUAGAAGGGGUUGCUCGAGCAUCCCAGCAGGCAAUGGAAAAGGGAAAGUCGAAUCCCACUUGGAAGGGCUUACGACAGCCUUCCACAGUUACUGUCACUCAAUCCGACUCUGAACGGAAGACAACACUGCGCAAGUGUUUCACUACCCUAGAAAACUUGAAAAAGGCCACUUGGCAUGCAGAUCAACUCUUGGAUAUCGCAGCAGAUAUCGAGUUGGUCUCAUUUUCCUGUUCUAGAGCUGGGCGGAUCCACCUGCAUCAAGAAGCCCGCAGAGCUCAACCCGGCGAACCGAUUCACUUCGCUCAGGCAGUUUACCACGCAACAAUGGUAUUGCGACUCUCUUCAACCCUGUUGACACAGUCUGAAACGAGUCAAUCUGUCGCUGACUUGCAAGGGGAACUCGACUCCAUCACCAGAAGAGGAAUUCAAAUUCUUUCACGUUCGGCGGGCCGAAUUGCGGGGGUCUCCAAGCAGGUGCUGGAGUCUCUGCGGACGACAUCUCAGGAUUGA